AUGGACGACCUCCACGCGCCCACCGUGGCGUCUGGACCAACCUCUCAAGCAGCAUCAAAGAGCGAAGAGAAAGGCAAAUCAUUGCAAGAGUUGAUGGCGCGGAAAGAGAACCUCGAAGCCGAGCUGUCUGCUCUCGGAUCAGUGUUGGAUUCGCACGGCGUCAACAUGAACACCUCCCUCCUCACCUUCGACGGCUUUCCCCGCAACGACAUCGACGUCGCACAGAUCCGAACCACGCGUGCGAGAAUCAUCCACCUCAAAACCGACUACAAGCUGGUGAUGGCCGAGCUGGAGAAGGCGGUACACGAUCGAUUUGCACAAGGAGCAGACAGCUCAUCACAAGCCACGCCUUCUGCAAACACCGCUGCUCGCUCUGCCGUCCCGACUACGGCGGACUCUCCGCUUGAGCCACCGUUUGCGAAGAUUAAUACCAUUGUUUCAAAUAGUCCGGCGGAGCUGGCUGGGCUUUUGGUAGGGGACAAAGUGACGAGAUUUGGAACCGUGAAUUUCACGAAUCACGAGAGAUUAGGCAAGGUGGCGCAGGUGGUGCAACAGAGUGAGAAUCGCGUGAUUCGGAUCAGAGUCCUGAGGGAGACGGCAGGAAAUGCACGGUCACAAACCCUCGAGCUGAGUUUGGUGCCGAGAAGAGACUGGGGUGGGAGGGGAUUGCUGGGGUGUCAUCUGCUGCCGGUAUGA